AUGGAUUACGAACGUAAUGAUCCUCGACGUCAUUAUAUUUUACGUGUUGCAUCGCAUAUUUUUGCGCUAAAUUUAUCGGAAAAUAAAAUUCCAAAUUUGAUUCCAAUACAAAAUUUUUGUGAUACCAAUACACCAUUGUUAAUUAUUGCCAAAGAUGAACAGAAAGGAGCAUUUGAUAUUACGAAUGAAAUGCGAAAUAUUCAUGAUCCGAAUUUACUCAGAGUGAUCUUUUAUAAACUUGAAGCAAUUGCAUUACCAUUGGAUAAUUUUAAGAGCAAAAUAUCAGUAUUAUCAUUACGUGGGCGUCCAACGGAUGCAUUAAUUCGUUCAGUGAGAGAAAUAUUCAAACAAGCAACUGAAAAUGAUUUCGAAACAUCUGCAAAUAGCCAUUUACAUACAAUUUUAAAUGAACUUGAAAUGAUUAUGGAACCGAAGAAUGACAAAAAAAACAUUCAUGUAAGACGAUCGAUACAUGAUGAAAUUAAUUAUUGGAAAAAUCGAAAGGACAAUGCUGCAUUGCAAUAUUUCCAAGUAUUUCAAAUUCUUGAAGUGAAACUUGAAAUGCUUACAAGUUGUCGUAUAGAUGAAAUUUAUGAAGUUAUUGAUACUAUUGAAGAUUGUUUAAAUCAACUUUGGAACUGUGAACCAUCAUUUCCACAAAAUCAUAUGAGACAAAUUAUCGAUAGUAUCGGUACACUAAUUAUUAAUUCGAUAACAAAUAAAAUUGAAAUUAAUAAUAUAUGGAACGAUGAUACAGUAAUCGAUAUUUUACAUCAAAUUAUUUCCAUUUGCGAACAAUGGCAAUUUGUAAUUACAACACUUAUUGAACAGUGGAAGCAAGAUACUGAUAAUCCAUGGAAUGGUGAUAAAUCAAUAAUUUCAAUUUUUGAAAUUAUUCAAAAACAUACUGAUAAAAUUUUAUCAUUGAAAUUAUUAAGCAAUCAAAUGACUGAAUUAAUAAAAGAUAAAAAUGGGCAAAAAGAAAUGGAACAAAUUAUUCGAAAUAUUUUUGGUACAAUGCCCAUAUUUACCUGUGAUAUUUCUGUUCAGCAAAAUUGGAAAAACAAAUUAUUGGAAGUAGAACGAUGCAUUGAACCAAUUGUGGAAAGAGCAUUACCUGUUUUAAGGAAAUGUUUACAAAUUAAUCAACUCACUGAUGAUGCUGCAAUUACUAAUCUGAUUAAAUUUAAACAUUUUUUAAAUCGUCCAAGUAUCAAGGAAAAACUUUUGAUGGAAAGAGAAACAUUGCUUAGUCGUUUGGCAAAUGCGGUGGAGAUGAAAAAACGUGAAGUAAUUGAACGAAUUGCAACCAGUGAUAUACCAAUUGGACAAUAUCUUACAGAAAUUGCUGCUAAACUUAUUUGGAUUCGACGAGAAAUUAAUAAGAUUGAAAAUAUCAAGAUUGUAUGCGACCAAUUGUUAAACGAUUUAGCAACUUAUAAAACAAUUCAAAUAAAAAUUCAAAAUGCAAUUGAUGAAAUGCAUUCGUUAGAAUCGGAUUGCUUUAGUAGUUGGUGCCAAGAAAUGAUCAAAUUAGUUUGUAAUUCGACAAAUUCAAUUGCACUUGAAACAAGUGGUAAACUAAUGAGUAUUGAGCGGAGAGGUGGUAAUUUGAUUGUCAACUAUAGCGAUCGUUUAGUUCGCCUUCUCAGAGAAGUACGUCAAUUAAUUGGUCUUGGAUUUAUUUUACCGCAAAAAAUUAUUGAAUGUGCUAAUACUGGCGAACAAUUCUACAAAUAUGCUAUCAUUCUUAAACAGGUGGCACAUUUCUAUAAUUCGGUGGAUCAGCAGAUGCUUCCGUGUCAACAAGCAAUGAUGUUAGACGAAGCUUUAGCAUUUGAAAAAUUAAUCCUAUCCGGAAAGAAAGGUGAAGAAGCAACAACAAAUACGGUUAGCUGGAAUAAUCCGAAACAUCUUCAAGAAUUCAUUGAAAAGUUACAGGCAGCUGCUGAACGUUUAACUUUACAUAAUAGCGAAAUUUGUGACAAGAUAAAACAACUAUUGAAUUUGGAUCUUCUAAAAGAAAUCGAUAAAUGGAAAGAUGUUAUGGGUGAGAUACGAAGUAAAAUAGCAGAGCAAGAACGAAGUAUCAGUAAUCGUAGUAAUAUGAUAUCAUGGUUAUCACAUUGGGAUCGUCAACUUUAUAAGACAUUACAAUUGCAAUAUCAAUGGGGUAUCGAAAGUCUUCAUAAGCAAAUUCCGUUAAUUCAAGUUCAACUUGUGUUUAAAGAUCAGCAACUUGAAUUACGACCACCAUUAGAAGAAAUUCGUGCGAAAUAUUAUCGCGAAUUGCGAAAAUUUAUUAGUAUUCCACAGAAAUUUCGUGGUGUUCAAGAAAGUGAACAAGCUAAUGAAUUGUUUGCAAAAAUGAUCGAAUAUAACGCAAAUCGAUUUUGGAGUGUUUAUGAAAAAGCAGAACAACUAUUCGAGAAGCUUGUUAAUGUGGGAAAUGAAUUUGAGAACUGGGUUGUGCUAGGCCAAGUUGAUUUGGAAAGCUUAAUUACAAAACAUUUUAAACAAGCCGAAGACUGGGAAAAUCAAAUCAAAUUACUGAAGGUGAAAGGAAGAGAUGCUGAAAAACUGCCAAGUGAAGUAAAAUUGGAAUGUAUUAUUGUUUCAACAUCAGCCGUUAAAAUUGCUGUCGAUGAUAUGCUACAACGUCUCUUCGACACGUUAAUAUGGACGUUAAGAUAUUCCAUUAAUAAUGAAAUUCACGAUAUCAAUCGUUUCUUAAAUCAAGCAAUUGAAGUACUCAGUUCAAGACCACAAUCAGUUGCUGAAAUUGCAAAUGCAAAUCAGAAGCAUAUCGAAUUUGGAAAUUUUAAUAAAGAGCUGAAGAAGAUGCUUGAUUCAAUUGAGGAAAAAAAUGUUUUAUUACGAUCAGUUGGCGGAAGUGGUGCUGAACAAUUACCAAUUGUUUUAAAAUUAUGGGAGAAAUUUGAGCUAAUGUUAGAUAGCCAUCAGUUAAUGAUUAAAGAACAGGUGGAGACACUGAAAUCAAAUGUUAAAACACGUCUGAAAUCACUAAAUGAUGAAAUUGAAAAAUUAUUUGCUCGCUGGAAUCAAUUCAAACCAAAAAAUGAGCUUUUUGAUGAUGACAGAAAUGCCUUAAUUGGUGCAAUACAAUUUAUCAAAGAAAAACGUGAUGAAUUCGAUGAGUUACAACGAAAACGCGAUGCCUUAUUAGCAGAAUGUGAACAAUUUGAUAUCAACAAAUCAGAAAUGCCACUUUUUGAUGAAAUGGAGAUUGAUCUUAAAAAUUGUGAAGGUAAUUGGUUACUGUAUGAACAAUUUAAUGUUGGCUUACAAGAAAUGGCUAAUGAAGAAUGGAUUCUGUUCAGAUCAAAAACUUAUCGUUUUGAUGAAUAUUUGCAUGAAUGGGAUGAUAAGUUAAAAAGUUUACCAGCUGCACAUAUUACUGUUCGUUUACGUAAGGACAUUGAUCAAUUAAAGGAAAUGAGUGCUGGUUUGAAAUAUUGUCGUGGUGAAAUCUUAAGCAGUGAUCAUUGGCUAAUGUUAUUUCGAAUAUUGGGCAUGCCGAAAGAUACAACAUUGGAACAUUUGCGCUUUGGUGAUUUAUUGAAUGUUCAUAAAAUGAUUAUCGAAAAUUUGGAAGCAUUAAAAAAUUUAAAUGAACGUGCUCAAGGUGAAGUUACAAUUCGUGAAGCUAUUCAAGAGCUUGAACUUUGGGCUGAACAGGCAGAAUUUGUUCUAAUUGACUACAAACAUUCCAAUGGAACAGUUGUGAAAAUAAUCAAAGAUUGGAAAGAUGCAUUAAAUUCGGUGAAAGAUAGUGAAGCAUUACUGCAAUCGUUAAAAAAUUCUUCCUAUUAUGCUCAAUUUACUGAUAAAACAUCAAUAUGGGAAACACGAUUAGCCGAAACUGAACAAUAUAUACAAUGGAUGAAUGAAAUACAGCGUAAAUGGAUUUAUUUGGAGCCAAUUUUUGGACGUGGAUCACUUCCAUCUGAAGCAUCACGCUUCAAUCGAGUUGAUAUUGAAUUUCGUACCGUCUUAAAUGAUGUGGUUGAGGAUUCACGUAUCGUUAGUUUGAGUACACGAACUUCUUUGAAGCGUACAUUGGAACAAAUCAUUGAUCAACUUAAUCGCUGUCAGAAAGCCUUAAAUCAAUUUCUUGAAGAAAAACGAAAUGCUUUUCCAAGAUUUUAUUUCUUGGGUGAUGACGAUCUGUUGGAAAUGUUAGGUCAACUGAUGAAUGAAACAGUAAUUCAAACACAUCUCAAAAAACUUUUCCAGGGAAUUCAUAAAGUUAAAUUUGGUGAUAAUGGUGAAACGAUAAUUGCAAUGGUUUCCGGUGAUGGUGAAACUGUUCAGCUGUCAAAACCAGUCAGAAUUAUUCCUGAAGCGGAAAAAUGGUUGCAAGAACUUUCGAAUGAAAUGAAAAAUACAAUCCGAAAAUUGAUCAUAAAUUGUGUUACUGAAACAUCACCUGAUCCAGGCAAAUAUCCAUCACAGGUUCUAUGUUUAUCGGAACAAAUUCGUUUCUGUGAAGCAUGUGAACGAAUUUUGAAUGGUGGAGGUGAUUUGCAAAAUUAUCAGAAACAAUUAAAACAGACAUUAGCAAAUUAUAUUAAUUCAAAAACAUCAGAUCAUGUUUUAAAACUUAAAUUAAAAGCACUUAUAAUGGAUGUAAUUCAUAAUAUAAGUAUUGUCGAUGAACUAAUCAACAAUUCACCUUGCACUAAAUCAUCAUGGAUUUGGCAAAAACAACUACGAUAUUAUCUGGAAUCAAAGGAUCAUGUGAUAAUACGACAUAUUAAUACACGAUUUGAUUACACUUACGAAUAUCAGGGUAAUGCACCAAAGCUAGUUCAUACACCGCUCACUGAUAAAUGCUAUCUAACUCUUACACAAGCAAUGUCAAUGGGUCUUGGUGGUAAUCCAUAUGGUCCUGCAGGUACCGGAAAAACUGAAUCUGUCAAAGCACUAGCAAAUUUAUUUGGACGACAAGUUUUGGUAUUUAACUGCGAUGAAGGAAUUGAUGUCUAUUCAAUGAGUCGUAUUUUCAUUGGUUUGAUACAGUGUGGCGCUUGGGGUUGUUUUGAUGAGUUUAAUCGUUUAGAUCAGACAGUGCUUUCGGCUGUAUCAAUGCAAAUUCAGGUUAUUCAAGAUGCAAUAAAAUUACGAUCAGGAAAAUGUAUGCUGGCUGGUCGAAAUGUCCCUGUAGAUUUAAAUUCAGCAAUAUUCAUAACAUUGAAUCCGGUAAGCAAAGGAUAUGGUGGACGACAGAAAUUACCGGACAAUCUUAAACAAUUAUUUCGUCCAAUUAUUAUGUCUGUACCGGACAACGAACUUAUCGCAGAAACACUUUUGAGUGCGGAAGGUUUUUGCGAUGCAAAGAAGUUAUCACGAAAACUGGUAUCAAUCUUCAACCUUAGCAAGGAAAUGUUAAGUUCGCAGCAGCAUUAUGAUUGGGGUCUAAGGGCACUAAAAACAGUAUUGCGCAGCUGUGGUAAUUUAUUAGCUAAGAGAACGGAUAAAAAUGAAGUUCAAGUGGUUGUUGAUGCAUUGACAUUGAAUACAUUAUCAAAACUCACCUUUGAAGAUUCUAAACGUUUUAGCGUUCUGAUCGAUGAUGUCUUUUCAAAUAUUAAGAAAGACACCGUACAGAUUGACGAUUUGCUAGAACCAAUUAAAUUAGUUGCUGGUGAAUUGAAGAUAACGGUUACUGAUAUGCAGAUAAAAAAAAUCUUUGAAUUAUACGAUCAAAUGCGACAACGAAUGGGCGUAAUAUUGUUGGGUCCGAGUGGUUCAGGCAAAUCAACCAUAUGGAAAAUACUUCAAAAAGCUAUGUCACUAAUAAAUAAGCCAGUAAAAACUUAUCGUAUCAAUCCAAAAUCAAUGACAAAACAAAAACUUUUGGGAUACAUGGAUAUGGAUACACGUGAAUGGUCUGAUGGUGUGUUAACAACAGCUGCUCGAGAAGUUAUUAAAGAUAGUAAUGUAUUAGCAUGGAUUAUUUGCGACGGUGAUAUUGAUCCAGAAUGGAUUGAAGCACUUAAUUCGGUGCUUGAUGAUAAUCGCUUGCUUACAAUGCCAUCUGGUGAAAGAAUUCAGUUUGGAUCUAAUGUUAAUUUCAUUUUUGAAACCGAUAGUCUUAGUAAUGCAUCACCGGCAACAAUAUCACGAAUGGGUGUGAUACUUGUUAGCAAGGAAGAUAUGAGUGUUGAAGAUUUUAUUAGUAAUUGGCUUAAUGAAUACAGCGAUGUUCAUCCAGAUAUGUCCAUUUGGAUUCGUGAUCAUUUCUACAGAUGCUUAGAUUGGAUUUUGACGAAAGGAACCAUUGAAAUAAGCGUAAGUAAAAUUGUUAUAGUGAAAAAUGCAUUGAGUCAUUUAACAGAUGUGACAACAUGCGAUGAAUUUUUGGUAGCAUUGUAUCGUGGAUUAGCUCCGAACAUUAAUUCAAAAUUUCGAAAUCAAUUUGCUAUUGAGGUUGUGUUCAAUGAAGUAAACUUGCCGGAUAAGCAAAAUCCCGGAAAUGUUUACUACGAUAAACGAACAAAAUCAUUGUUAGCUUAUACAGAUGAAAUGAAUAUGACAAAUAACAGUGAUCAAUUAUUAAAUAUGGAUCGUCCCUAUAUUUUAACUGCUAAUGCUCAAGCUAAUCGUGAUAUUAUUUCAUCAUGGCUAAAUAAUCGUAACAGACAAUCUUUUAUAAUAUACGGUCCAGAUGGUAGUGGAAAAGAAUGUUUGUUACGAUACUGUUUGGCAUUGGAUCCAAAUAGUCAAUUAAUGGUACUUCAUUGUAGUGCUCAAACAGGAUCUCAACAAGUACUCGAUUUAUUACAGCAGUACUGUGUACAAAUUAGCAGUGCAUCUGGAAGAGUGCUUAAACCUAAAGAGAAGCAAAAUUUGGUCUUUUAUAUAAAAUCAAUUAAUGUUGUAAAGCCGGACAAAUGGGGUACUUGUGAAAUAAUCGCUUUUCUACAACAACUUCUCACAUAUAAAGGAUAUUAUAAUGAAAAAUUAGAGUGGAUUUCUUUGGAAAAUAUUCAAUUAGUAUUAUCGAUAACGCUGGCUAAUGACGAAGGUCAUUGUCUCCUACCAUCACGUUUCAUUUCUUUACUUAGAAUCUGUAGAAUUGAAUAUCCAACAAAGGAAGAGCUUAUAACCAUCUAUUCUUCAUAUCUAACAUUUUUGUUAAAAGAUUCAGCUGAACCAUUAAGGUAUCGAUUAAAUGAUUUAGCAAGUAUUAUGGUGAAUUUGUUUAAUGGCAUACGAAAUUCAUUCAAGUCAACCGAUAAAACACAUUAUGUGUUCACGCUAAAAGAUUUAUCAAAUUGGGUAUUUUCUCUUACAAGAUACGAUAUUACUGGUACUAAUGCUGGUGAAAAAUUUUUGUGCUCAAUGUUAUAUGAAUGUCGACGAAUUUUCAAAGAUCGUUUGGUGAAUGAUGAACAUAAACAAAGAUUCGAAGAUAUUAUUAGGAAUAGUUUAUCGUCAGCUGCAGUACACAGUGAUGAAGAUAACUUAUACGUAUCAGCUCAAGGAGCUCUCGCAAUAACCAUGUUGAAAGGUACACCAUUAUCGAUGGUAUCACGUAAAGAGUACGCUAAACUUUUACAACAAGCAGUUAAUCGAUACGAAUUCGAAAUUGCAAAUUUUAAAAUGCCAAUUUUUGAUGAAUUUGUCAAAUUAUGCUCUCAAAUUGAUCGAGUGGUUCAUUAUUGUUAG